AUGCAUAUUCACUCGUUAUUACAACUGCUAUGGCUAACAUGCCUCACGAUCGCUACUUCGCGAUUCGAGCACCAGGUGGAAGGAUUACCGCAACCGAAUCAACGAUUACAUCUUCCUCUCAAGAAACGACAAACCAAUAAUGGUGGUGGUGGUGGCAGUUAUCCUGUCACGGGAGUACAGAAUGCGGGAACGCCACCGAGGCUCGAAAUCAGGGAACUGCAAAAGAAUGCUGAUAUGUUCAAUAUUUUUCUGCUGGGGCUCGCAAGGUUUCAUGCCACACCGCAGAAAGAUCCGCUCUCGUACUAUUCGACAAGCUCAAUACACGGUCGACCAUUCGGCAUCUUCGACAACGUCGGACCCUCCCCUGGUACCGAUCAAAACGGAUACUGUACACACGUCUCCAAUCUCUUCCUCCCAUGGCAUCGGCCCUACUUGGCGCUAUUCGAGCAACUCCUAUUCGAACACAUGGUCGAUUGCGCGAAUGAGUUCCCCGCAGGAGAUGAUCGUGAUCGUUAUUCUCAGGCGGCAUCGCUCGUGCGACUCCCUUACUGGGAUUGGGCAGUGAAGCCUGAAAGUGGCAGUGUGCUUCCGGAUAUUGUCCAACAGCCUCGCGUUCAAGUUUCCACGCCGAAUGGGACCCAGACGAUUGAGAAUCCGCUGUUUUCGUAUAAAUUUGAGGACGGCUCGAUGGAGGAAUUGUCGUUUGAUCCGUUCCGCUCCUGGGAUGAAACCAAACGCUACCCAACCAAUCAGGUCGCUUCUGCUACCAGUCAAAACAAUCUCAUCGGACCACUCGUCGAAAAGCAGCAAGAAAAUCUCGCGAAUCGAGUUUACAAUUUACUGACUUUUUAUUCGAAUUUUACACAAUUUUCCAACGAGGCAUGGUAUGGCGACCAAGAAAACAUUGAUUCCAUCGAGGCACUUCAUGAUCUCAUUCAUGGCAUUACGGGCAAAAGUGGGCAUAUGUCGUUUUUGGAUUUUGCUGCUUUUGAUCCCAUAUUUUGGUUGCAUCACGUUAAUUUAGAUCGAUUCUUCGCCAUGUGGAUCGUUCUGUAUCCCGAUAGUAGCUAUGUUGAGCCCAUGGCUGCAGCGUCGGCAACUUUUACCAUUCCCAAAGGCUCUAUACAAGAUGCCGAUUCUCCUUUGGAACCUUUUUCCCGCGACACCCACGGCACAAAAUGGACCUCCACCACCGUCCGAGACACCACAACCUUCGGCUACACUUACCCUGAAACUCAAACGAACAAUCGAGCAGAUACCAUUUCUCAAAUCAAUAAACUCUACGGUGCGGGAUUUCAAAAAUCCGGUGGAUUAGGCAGUACCAUUCAUCGUCGAGGAGACACCAACAACACCAACGAAGAAAAAAACGUUUAUGCCGCGAAUCCUGCUACUACAACAACAACAACUUCUGCUGAUAAUGAUGAUGCGAACGCAGAAGCUCACGGCUUCGAAAUCCAAGGUCGACAAAGACGUUAUUCCGCAGAUUUAAUUUCCAACAAACAUGCCCUCGUCGAUGGAUCUUAUGCAAUAUAUCUGUUUGUGGGAGAUUUCGACAAAGAAAAUCCUCGAGGGUGGGCUUUGGAGGGGAAUUUGGCGGGGACGCAUGUGGCUUUUAGUCGGAUGGGGAAUAAUGAGACAAAUGGGAGUGGGAGUGGGAGUGGGAGUGGGAAUGGUGAUGGGCAUUCGGCGGUGGUGACGGGAGGAAGAAUUCCUUUGACGAAUAUUUUGAGGGAAAAAGUUCGACGGGGAGAGUUGGAGUCGUUGGAGGAGGAGAGUGUGGAGAGGUAUUUGAGGGGGAAUUUACAUUGGAGGGCUGCAAAGUUCGACGAUACACCCAUCCCUCUCGAAGACAUUUCCGAUUUAUCCAUUAUUGUCAGCAUGGCUGAAGUCACGCCGACUUCUCACGAGAAUGAAUUACCCACGAGAGAGAAUUUUAAAAAAUUGGCUCGGAUUACGCAGGGGAGGAAAGGAGGUUGUUGA